AUGACCGAGCAAGCCGAGAGCGGCCACCGUCCAUAUGCCAUCGAUAUUUCGGUUUGGGCGCUCGCUGCGGCUUCGCAGGCGAUUCGAACCGGCUAUGAGGAAUACCCAGACGUUUCGCAACUCGCUCUUGCCAUGGGCCCCAUCUUACCAGGUUACGCCAUGUGUGUCCUCGAUUGGCUUGUUCGGUGUUUCAGAAGCAAGACGACGACAUCUUUCAUUCCCGAUGACCCAGAAGUCGAUGGCGAAGAUAAGUGGUAUUGGCUGUAUAGCUAUGCGGCGAUGCGCGCUCUCGGUAUUGACGCUGUGGAAGAUCUGCAGCCGUUCAUCAAGCGUCUUAUUCAUCAUGAAGGCCUCGUCGCGGAGAUGACCAGCUACCUACGUCUUCUGAGAGCCCUGCAGCCUUCGGAUCCAAUCGUCACGUAUCUUGCUGUAAGAACAGCCAGGCAGAUGUUGGGAAAUGCGCACGUGUUGUCGGAGGCGCAAUGCGACGCCAUAGGCGCAGCACACCCGCAUUUCGCCGCGCUCGUCAACGAGCGGCUGCAAAAGUCGAAGUUGUGA